AUGUCUGACAUGGUGACGUUGGAGGCCCCGCCGCCAUCGCUCCGGCCCCCCCGCGGCCCACACGUGACCAGGGAGAACCCCGCGCUGCUUCCGCCCACCAAUCACAGCGCGCGAUCGCUCCUGGAUUUCCGCGUCCGGGCGCUGUUUAUUCCCAGUUCCCUCCCAGUGCUCCCAGUAAGAGCGGUCCUAGCACGGAAAGCGCUCCCAAUUCCUUCCGGGUUCUCUCAGGAUCGCUUCGAGUGCUCCCAGUAUUGGUUCCAGCACUGUGCAGGGCACGGCCACUUUGGAACCCCCCAGGGCAGAGCACGGCUGCUUUUCAGUGUCGGCACCGACCUGGGCCGGGCUGGGAGCGGAGGAGGGGGAGGAAGGAAAGAGGAGCGGGAAGAACAAGAAGGGGAAAGUCAGGAACAUGAGGAAGAGGAGCUGCAAGAGAAAGAGCAGCAGCAGAACCACUCGGCUCCCCCGCCCGCCCGCUCAGGCUGCAGUUCCCCCAACUCUGGCAGCAUCGCCCUGCCCCCCCGGAACCCACAGUGCACCAGCCAGAUGUCAUCACCCAGCAGGGCAGGAGGUGGAACUUGUUCGGCUGUUGACAAGUGGCCCGGAGGAUGUCCCCAUGGCUGCUUCUGGCACGGAGCAUCUGCACUCACCCUGGCACAGACAUCUCCCCAGCUGUGUCCCCAACUGUCCCCCUAUGCCACAUGGACUCAGUGCUCACCAUCCUGGAUACCCUUGAGUCCCCGGCCUGGGACUGUGGAUUUCCUCUUCCAAGAGAUUCAGAGCUGGACCGGCUGCCAGGGGAUGCCGAUGGCACCAGAGCUCAGGCAUCUCAGGCCCCCCAGCUGUCACACUGGGGCGACUCCAGGAGCCACUGCAACCCCAGGCCCCUCGAGGGGUGACCUGUGGUGUCCCUCUGGUGUCACUGGCGAGUCCCCAGCAGAAGCAACAUCACCUCCUCAGCAGGAGGAAGACGAGAAGGAGGUGAGGAUGUGACUGAAACUCCUGCCCGUUCACAUGGGGAGGUCGCCACACGAACGGGGGCCAAGCACAGGUGGAGCAGCGGAGGUACCAUGGGGACUGGGGGGGGACAUGGGGACAGUCCCCAAGGUCCCCUCAGGGGAUGCUGUGGUGGGGGCGGGGGGGAGGGGGUGCAGGGUGGAGCAGCAUCUUCAGGGGGAUGUGGGGAGAUGGAAAUGGCUGGGAGUGACCCCAGAAAUGUUUUCACCACCUCCUCCUGUAACAUGUGGGCCGCCCCCUUCUUUGGGGUGCUGGUAACAAAUUGGCAGAUGGCGGUGACAAAAAGCGCAGGUGCCACCUCGGGGAUUGCACAGAGAGAGGGUCCUGCAGCAUGACCAAGACCCCCCUGACUGAGGGGCACCCCAGGGUGACAAAGGGGGGGGGGGUCAGGGGUGUCCCCAAGGUGUGAGGGGAGCAGGUUUUAUGGGGAAGUGUGGUUGGGGCGCAACAGAAAUGCGUCCAGUCCUGCCGGUGUCCGGAGCACGAGGGGGACAUGGCACCUGUUACCCUGUCACUGUGUCCCCCUGUCUCCCAUCAUCCACUGUACCCCACUGUCCCUUUUGCUGGGCAGCAAGGGGUGGUGGCACUCCUGGAUGGGUGUCCAGGUGGAUCUGCACUCACCUGCUAUGGACAGAGUUGUCAAACGUGAUGUGGGGACACUGGGUUGCACUGUCAUUGGCA